ACACGUAAAGCCGCGUGUCCGGAGAAGAGCGGGGCUCAGCGCUGGGCGCGGCGGGACGCCCUCCACGGGGAAGCGGAGCCUCAACAGAAGGAACAACACCGCACCGCACCGCACCGCACACAACGGGGUUCGCUCACUCUAUCGUAGUGGUUCGUCUCUCUCCGUGUGGCUCAGGCACCAAAGCACGUCAAGACGAGUUCAGUUCCUAAUGUUUACAUGGGAGAACAGGUAAGGACACAGAAAAAGUAUAUAUAUACGAAUCCACUUGCAUUCCUCCAAGCAAUUGGAGCGAUUAUCCACAUUCUGUUCGUAUAUUCCUUUAGGUGAUGGUCAUAGGUAACGAGUCUGAGAGUUCCUUGAGUAUCCCUAGGCAGAGACAAUAGAGACAUCGAGUGACAUAGACACUGCGCACGCAGGAAAUAUUGAGCUGUGUUAUUACGGUGCUCUUUGGGUUGUUCUGCUGAAGAUGAGCUCUCAGAGGGCUGUUUUUUUGUUGCUGUUUCUCAAAGCCGAAAACAUGCCUUUAAUUUAGCAAUUGUACCAACCAUCAACGCGGUAAGAUAUGAUCCGCGUUGUCGCCAAACACAAAUCAAAAAAUGAUACAAAGGCUUUCACAAGUUAAUUUCAGAUGACAAAACACGUGCCCACCACAACAGAGAAAGUUAAACUAUCAUUUGCGAACUGUGCGGUUGCGUGAAGAGGUAUCUGCUAGGUACGCUGAGCACAGGCAAACACUGUCUAUCUGCAGUUCUUUGCACUGAAGGCAGGGAGAAGCUGAGGCGUGCGAUGCAGGCGGCUCUUGCAGAAGCCUCAGUGAGACCUGAGCGGGACCCUCAGGGAGAAAAUGUUUUCUUGUGGAUUCGGUACCUAAUACAACUGCAAAACUAGUUUGUAGUCGCCUUGGGAGGGAAAAUAAACCCGGUCUGUUCCUAAAUGGGUAUGGUUCUGUCCAGUCCAACGUGGACAAGGGCUACGAGCCUUUUAUCUAUACCUGUCAUUGGCGUUUUGCAACGAGCAGGCAAAGAAAGUGCAAUGCCAUCGUCUCACUUGUGCAAAAUAUUUGUUUGUUGGAGUUUUCCGAGCUACCGCGUGAUUUCAUUGUUCAGGUGGAGUUUAUAGAUCGGUUCUAAUAAACACUGUUUUCUGAAAACUCCCGGGGAAACAGAGACUCAGUGCGUACGUGUGCGCGUGUGUGCGUGUGCAAGCCUAUGGAGCGCCCCGUCUGAAAGACGGAGAGGAGCGAACACACAAAGGAGAUGGUGCAUCCCGGGAGAAGUGUUUCUUUCAACGCCUUUUCUCUCCACAGUGUCACCGCUCAGAAGUCAGCGUGCAGCCGCUUCUCGGUCAGAUUACUGCCGAGGCAGAACCACCACCCCAGGCUGUAGCGAGGCACCGUCCGCGCGCGGUGGGAGGGACGCGGACGAGAUUUAACUUGUUGCCAGUCGGUUUUGUGUGUUUGUUUGUUUGUGCUGCUGCUUUAAAAGCGAAACAAACUCCAGAAAAAAAAAAAAAAAAAAAAAAGCGGGGGGUGGAGGGUGGGCUGGGGAGAGAGGGAGGAGGAAAACAGGCUCUGUCUAAAAGACAUAUCAUAUGAAAAUAAUGUAUGAACACACCCACAGAUAUCAAGGGUACGCUAUCAGUCCUUCCCCAAGAAACUUAUUUAUGGGUGGUAGCAGUUAUAAUCAUCCAACAAGCCCCUUACCAUCUCUCUCCCCUCCCUCCGCGAAAGAAAGAAAAAAGAAAACAUGGAGACCACCCCGCCAAUAUAAAGUGCUCAGAACACCCCCCAACGAGAGCCGUCCCCUCCGACUGGGGCACUGCGGAAGCCGCAACGUUCGUCCCCGUCCCCUCCCCGCCCCCCCCCCCCCCAGUCCCGACCGCGGGUCCCACACCGAGCGCAGCUCCGCAUCCGCGCACAACUCCGCGCCGCGCACCGCCUCCUCCCGCAUGAGCCCCGGGCACGGAGAAAGUGAAAAGUGGCUUUACUCCGGGGCUCGCCAGGCGUCUUGCCUACGCGGGUGUACAGUUGUGUAUGGCUUUUGUGCUACCUCCAGCAUUUUGCUGUGGUUACACGGGGGGUCCAGGAGACGUAUGGGGGGGGAGAGGGGAGGAUGUUGUGCUUUUGUAGGCCCUAAAAAUGGGGUCCGCGGCUCAUCGCGUCAAGCUCGGAUCCCACUAAACCGAGGGCUGCCAUGGAUGCACGGAGCGGGGAGGCCAGAUCUAUCUUUAGGGGGAGUUCCCCGAAGUCUCCGCAAGGAACAGAGCUGCGGAUUUCAAACGCGGUCCACUUCGAUUCGCGCAGUGCCUGCAUACCUGCUUCAAUAG